AUGCUCACCCAACUGGUCUUUGCAAAACUGCCGGUGACGAGGUAUUGGAAAAUUCCGGCGGAUUCUCGCCAGGCGCCGUAUAGUUCCAUUGCACGGAGUGCCGGCAUCUGCUUCGCGACCCUGCCAGCUUGGGAUAUGAGGGCGUUGAUGAGCUCGGGCUUCUCACGGGAGGAAAUAUUCUGGGACGUCAUCGUCAGAACCCGCAGGCGCUGCCAUGGCGGAGGCGAUAUAGGUAUGCGUCUUCGUCUCGUGCAGGCGGCGAAGAAGUUCGUGGCAUCUAUGAUGUUGCAGCAGACGAGCUCCUCUAAUUCGAGACUUCGAAUGAAUAGAGCUCCGGCUAAAUCUCUCGAGACUGAUAGACGUCGAUUGGAAAGCAUGUGUAGAUCGCCAUGCUCGAAGAUGUGGAUCUUUGAUAAUGGUGCUUCCUCUGGGGGAGAUGACCAAAUUGCUAGCAUCGUCAUCAAGUCUAUAUCAGAAAUCAUUGACGCAGGGACUACCGGCAUGCGCAAGGCGAAUGGCAGCAAACACGUAUCGCUUUUGUUGCUGCCAGUGGUCCAAAAGCCCUUCUAUUCCGCACGGAUUGCCCGCAUGGUUUGGCGAAGAGGCACUGAUCUCCAAAUUGAUGCUUGGGCAUGUUGGUUCGCCAGCUGA